AUGGCGAAAGGGACAGUAAUAGUAGCGAUAUGUUCAGCCGGUAUUGUCAUAUUGUUUUGUGUUAUGCUAUAUUUGAUGAGCACUGUGAAUCCUCCGGCAGAAUUCAAUGUCGCAAAUAAAAAAGUCUUAAAACAGACUACAACGUCGUCUUCUGAACCUCCUGACGAAACUGGACGAAGGAUUGGAGGAAUUUACUUUGAUGAUGCUGGAGUACUUCCAAUAGUAGAUACUGUACAAUAUGGAUUGGAGAAGAUUGAUAGUGACGUAAUAGACUUCUACCGUUCUACGGCAAAACCAGUACUAAAAUAUCAGAAUAAAGAUCGGAAGGUCAUACCGCCGCUUUGGCCUCGAGCUACACAAGAAAUUAUCGUAAAUCCAACUAUGCAUAAAGUAAUGCCUCCAAUUUGGCCGACUACAUCGGUGAUAAUAGACACAGUUAUAUCCAGCAUUAAAUCUGAAAAACAAAACAGCACAACUAAGGUAGAAACAACAUUAACAUCAUCAACAUCUGAACCAACGAAACCAAGCGUUAAACCAAUGAAAAGGAGAUCCGUCAGCAAUUAUGUACUGGAUGAGGAUUACGAUUCUGUAAUACUUAAGAUUUUAGACUACAAUGGCCAGUCCAAAAUUGAAAUCAAAAUUUGGUCAGAUACCUUCUCUCAAAAAAUAAUAGGCAAAUUAAACGGUACAAGAGAUUUACAAAAUAAAUCAAAACACACUCUGAAAUCAGGUAGAAAUGUAUAUCAUGGAACUGCUGAGAGUGCGAAAAAUACUGUAAUCACUAUUUGUGCGAAUGAUUCCGUACUCAUUGAAGAAUCAGAAGGUACAAAUGUGUCAGAAUUACUUAAUACUAUUUCUUCAUUAACCACAAGAGAUGAAAACGACAGUAAUAUUACGGAUGUAUUAAGAGCAGCACCGAUAAACGAAACAAUCAAUGAAAAAAAACCUACUGAAAUGUUUUUAGUAAAUGAAACAAAACCUAUGGGAGAAAAUACCAAUAGUAGUGAAUUUCAAAUAAAAACCAGUCGUAGUAAUAUAAACAUUACAAAACACGAAAUAUCUUCAAACACUGCUAACUUUAGUAGUGAAUUUGAUAUUCUUUUUGAUGCUAAAACUAAUAAUACUGAAUUUAAUAAAAGGAUAUUCAAGGAAGAGGAAAAUAUCGCAACGGCUGAUACCACGCGUGUCAAUGCUCCAAAUAAAGAUAAAAUUUCAAUAACUGAUAUAUACCCCAAUAAUUACACAGAUCUUUUUAUAGAAGGUGAUAGUGAUAUGGUUUAUUAG